UUGACAUUUAUUUUCCACGUAACUCUACCUUACCUAGAAAGAAAAAUAUGUAAAAUGAGUUAAGAAAGAAACAGAAAUGUGAAUGAAUUGUUAUUCAAAUAUAUAUAAGAUAGCGUUCCCAUUUCUCAGCGUACUUAAUUCCUUACACUGUUCCUCUUUUCUCGCUUCUUCACCUGUUUAUCAUCCCACAAAGUUCUUCUAUCUUUUCUUGUCAAAACCUCUGACUCUUUGCACCUCACAAACACCCCCUGAGCUUUUCUGCAUAUAGAAUCAUUUUCACUCUGAUUUCAUCACUGGUCAGACAAGUGACAACCCUUUUUCCAUAUCAUCUUUCUUCAGCAAAUCCAUAAUCUUACCAAUUAUGGGCAAGGAGUGGCAUUGGGCUGGGAAAUCUUCUAAGAGAAAUGGAGUAGAAGCUGAAGCUGCAGAAACAACACCUUCUGGUUGCAUGUGUGCUGUCUUUCAGUUCUUUGAUUUCCGUCCAUUUCACUUCCCCACCUUAAACCAGCAACAACAACAACAUCAACAAACCUCUUUCAAAUCACCCUCUUGCAUCCCACAAGACAGUAUAACUAUCCCCAAAGGAGCUGAAGCACCUAGAAAUAGCUUAGAAUCAGUGGAUGGAACAGUUUCCUCUCCCUCAAAAGAAGAAAAUUUUAAAAUCCCAAAGAAUAUACAAAUCAAAACAAGGGGCAGCACAGUAGCAAAUGCUGGAAAUUUGAAUGAUUUAUCCUCUCCAGGGGCAAAGACACCAACUUUGGUUGCAAGAUUAAUGGGUUUGGAACUUCUACCUGGUUUAAACUCACCCACUUCUUCUUCAUGCCUUUCCACUCCAAACUCACAGGGCAAUGUUCCUCAUAUGCAUCACCUGAAACUUCACAAACACAUCCAAACCAAACCAAGAAACAGCACAGAAUACAGUGGUGAUCAUCACAUUGCAGCAUCUCGCUCCUUGCCUGAGACACCAAGAAUCUCCUCUGCCAGAAGAUCAGAUGUUGACCAUCACAGACUCUCUCUCCAAAUAAUCAAGGAGAAAAGCAUGAUGAGCCUUGGUGAGGAUUUGGAGUUGCCUCGGCUUUCGUUAACGAAGAAGAAACGUGAUGAGAACAAUAGCAGAAGUCCAAGCCAGUCUGCUCGGCAAAUUGUCAAACAGGUUAAGGACAGUUUGAGCAGAAAAGUUGGGCAAGACAUUACCAACACUCUCAAAACUAGAGAUCAAGAAUUGGUAACCCAAUUGAGAAUCAAGAAGUCUUCAAAGUCACCAUCAUUGAAAACACUUGAUGAAUCAAGCCCAGGAAAACAAUCAAACUCAUCACAUUCCCCAAGGCUCAGAUUCAUGGACACCAAGCACAAGCCAAGCACAACAACAACACCAUCACCACACACCACAAAAGAUCAAAACACAAACCAACCAGUGCUGAAACUACCACCAGAGCUUCCAAGAGUUUUGACAAAGCCAAAGCAUCAAGCAUUUCCAGAGCAACAAGAGUUGCACAACCAGAAAGUUUCUGUUCCAAAAUGUAAGAAGGUGACUAGUGAAAAGUUCAGCUCCAGGUUCAAAAGGCCUCCACAGACAACAGACAUAAUCAGAAACAAGCACGAAGAGCCAUUCAAGUUUAGUCCAACAUCACCUAUCAGAGCAAAUGACAUCAAAAAUACCAAAAGCAAGAAAACUCAUCCAUUGUCAAGUAAUCUCCUUAAUAACAUCAUCAACACUGUUCCAAAUGUUCUCUCUGUCAAGACAGAGCCUUCUCCUCCAGCAACUAAAAUUGCUCAAAAACAGGUAUCUGAUGCCAAAGAGUCCAAACACAGCUCACAAUUAUCUAGUUGUGCGCGCCAGAGGUACAAACAAGAAGGAACAAUAAAUACAGAGUCUACCGCCACCAGAGAAACAACCACCAACAAUGAAGACAAACCCAACUGUGCUUCCACCACCACCGCAGCUCAAGAAUAUCAAAACCCAGAAUUUCAGUACAUCACACAAAUCCUAAACCGUACAAUAAAUACAGAAGCUACCACCAACACCACAAAACUAGUGCCACUUGACCCAUCAAUCUUCCACCACCUGGAAAGCCAGUGUGACAAUAAACAUCGCAACAUUACCCCAAAAAACCAACUGGGUCAUCGUUGGAACCGAAGAUUACUGUUCGAUCUGGUAGAUGAAGUUCUGGAGGAGAUUCUGAUGCCUAAAGGGUGUGCAAAAAAGCUCUGGUUAUUCUACAGAAGCAAGAGUGUGGGAGAGUUGACAGAGAGAGUGUGGAAGAGGGUUGAGGACUUCCCACGUGCGAGGUGUGAGGUUUUAGAAGACAUUGAUGCGUUGAUAGAAGCAAAGGACAUGGAGAAAGUGAAGAUGGAAGGUGAAGAAGAAGGAGAAAGGAUGGUGACAGAAAUCGAAGGGAACAUAUGGGACACGUUGGUGCAUGAAACGGUUAUGAUGAUGGAAAGUGGUGGGGUUCAACACCGUGACGGCGUCGUUUUGUGACGGGUGGUGGUGGUUGGUGGGGACCACUAUGACAUAGGGUUGUGGGUUUGAACGUCCUUCGAUUGUAGGGUAGGGUCAUAAGAGAGGGGAAUUUGACCCCUCCUCGACAGGAACAAGACUGUGCAGCUGAUUGGUUAUUAAAAGACAAUAUUCGUCAGGGGAAUCCACGCCCCACUUUCAGUCCUUCCUUAUCUCUCACUAUUCAAUUCAUGCAUGUUGAAUGACAAGGGCCAAGGGGUGUAAAGAGGCGAGCUUCUCCAUUCACCUGUCUUCCCGGUCCAACUUCAUUCAACACAACUCAUUCAACUUUUUGAGUUUGUGAACGUGUUCGAGUUUAAAGAUUGUGUGAAAGACAAACAUAACUCUCGUGUCAUAAACAUUUUUAUUAAAAAUGCAUUUUAUUGUAUAGUCGGAUUUAAACAUUAAACAUUGUACCUUGCAGUAUUUAGUACAAACAAUUUAUUAUAUGCGCUUUUUUAUCAUUAAUUGA